UGUGUCGCGGUCGCCUCUGGCAGUCUGCAUCUUGUUGUUGAGCCGCACAGUUAUCUAAUGGAAGGUCUCUUGGAGAUGAUCAUUGUAGCCACAUCUGUUGGGCAAGCGGACGGGAGUUGGGAGAUUAUGGAUACCAUGGUGAGGGCGAUGACGGUGGGGAUUGGGGCUGGGGAGGAUGUGAGGGAUGUGAGGCAUGCUUUUGUUAUUACGGGGGGGAGCGAUAAGAAGUUGAGGUAUUGGGAUUUGGUGAGGGUGGAUAAUAGUGUGAUUUUUAGUGGGUUGAUGCCCGAGGAUGGGAGGUUGGGGUAUUCUACUAGUCAUCCGACUGCCAGUAUGACGCUGCAUACGGAGCGGCCGCCGAAUCAGAAGGAGAAGGGGGGUGGGGGGACGAACGGGCCGGCGGCGGCGAAUGGGGGGACGGGGUUGGCGGGAGAUGUUGAGCAGCCGGUCAAGAGGGUGAGGCAGGCGAGGAGUACGGUUGUUUCGGCGGAGCAGCAGGGGUUGUUGAGGAGUCAUAUGGACGCGGUGAUGGAUGUUAUCUGGUUGGAGUCGCCCUAUCCGAUGACUGCGAGUGUGGAUAGGAGCGGGACGAUCUUGUUGCUGCAGUAG